AUGGCUGAUGAUAAAACUCCACCUCCCGCCCCUCGGUAUGAGCCUUUUUCGGCAUUUUAUCUUCACCCUUCCGAAGGUACGGGUGCUGUAAUUAGUCCAAUUUUAUUGAAAGGAGAUAAUUAUGAUCAUUGGGUUAAAUCUCUAAGUAAUAAUUUGCGUGCAAAAAAUAAACUUGGUUUUCUUGAUGGUACGAUUCUUCAACCUGAUGUUGAGUCUGCCGAUUAUGAUCAAUGGAAUAUAGUUAAUUCUAUGCUUGUUGCUUGGAUAUUUAAUACUCUUCAUGAGUCUAUUCAAUCCACUGUUCCUUUUCCUAAUACUGUGAAAGUAUUGUGGGAUGAUUUACGCGAUCGAUAUUCUCUUCGUAAUGGUCCUCGUGUUCAUGAACUUAAAAACAAGAUUAGUGAUUGCAAGCAACGUGGUAGGUCUGUUUGUGAGUAUUAUGGUGAAUUACGUACUUUGUGGGGUGAAUUGGCUAGUGCUCUAAAACUUCCUUCUUGUUCGUGUUCCGCUGCUCCUGAAUAUGUUGUGCUUCUUGAGAAUGAAAAAUUACACCAGUUUUUGAUAGGCCUUGAUUCAACGAAGUACAAAACUGAAGUUGCUUCCUUGAUGGAUCCUUUACCAUCUAUUUCUUAUGCACAUGGCAAAGUGCUUUCGGCUGAGAGGCAUCAAGCUGUGACUGCUGCCCAUGAUACCCGCCCUGAUGCAGUUGGUUUUGCAACCAAUGCAGUGGCACAGGGUCGUGACCAAGCCAAAUUGGCUGCUGUGAGUGGUGAUUCUCGUGUUUGCUCCCAUUGCGGGGUUAAGGGCCAUGUGAAGGAUAAAUGUUUUGAGCUUCAUGGUUACCCAGAGUGGUAUCAAGGAAGAAGCAGAGGUCGUGGAGGACGGCCUGCUCCUCGUGGCGGGUCUAUUGGAAGGGGGCGUGCUCGUGGAGGCUUUGCUGCCAAUGUUGGCAGUAGCAACUACACUGGAGCAUCAAUGAUUAAUGAGGGUGAUAGAUCAAGCACUCCCACGCUCUCCGAUAAUCAGUUUGCAAAACUUAUGGCGUCUCUAAAUGUUCAACAAUCUGCUUCCUCUACUCCAAAGUUGCAUGGUAAGAUGAAUAAUGAUGAUUGGAUAAUUGACACCGGUGCCUCAAAUCAUAUGUCCGGUAAUGUUGAUUUAUUUAUCGACUUGCAUGAUAUUUCAUCCUCUACUGUUGGUUUACCAAAUGGUAAAAAUACCAUUGCUACUAAAGAAGGCCGAGUUAAAUUGAGUGAUACUUUAAUUUUGGACGAUGUUUUAUUUGUUCCUGCUCUUACUUGUAAUUUGCUGUCAGUGUCUCAAUUAUUAGAAAAAUAG